UUGUGAAAAAAAAAUAAAGCAAAAGUGAACGGCAGAAAAUGGUUAAUAAUUGUGUAUUAAUAAGUGAUAUUAAAGAAGUGAAAACGAGCACCAGUAGUGAAAUAUAUUGGCUUUAUGGCGCCAGAAAACCCACACGGCAAAAAUGCCGCGCUAAACAGUGUUGUGUGAUAAAGGCGAAAAAAAAACAAGCGACGCCUACAUAAAUUUCUUUCUAUGCAAAUAUUGUGUACAAAUGAGCUGGAGGAGCAUAAAUUAAAGGCACAGCCAUCACUGCCGGUGGCGAAGAAAAGGCCUGGCGGCUCCCGGAAGCUGAAUUAUGACCACUUGGAUGUGUGCUUUACGAAAAGCAAUCGCGGCAACAACCUGCUUACCAUUGACGGCAAACCCUUCACUCUCAAUCGGCGGAUCAGGGACGUCUGCUACUGGGAGUGCGUCAAGCUGCGUUGCAAGUACACCAAGUGCUCCGCCCGCGUGGUGACCAAAUCCGACCAGAUCUCGGCCCUGCGCGGCUACCACAAUCAUCCCUAAAUUACGAAUUACCUGUGCCAUUUAGUCGAAUAAAUCUAUUAACUUUGAACUGAAGCAAAGUCACACCACCUUUCACCUGCAGUUGUAGCUUCUGUAGUGUCUUUCGCAACAAGUAAGCAAGAUCCCCAAUACUAAAUUCCCUUCAUCCUUGCAGCUGUC